GCGGCUAGUUGCCUGUGUAGUCUAUCCCUGUCAACAAUACUGCAACCUGAGACGGGAUAGCCAGCCAGCCAGUUGGCUAGCUAAGUAAACCAGCUAAGUUAGCUGCUCUGCUAACCAACUGUCACGACUCGUAAUUUUUCCCUUAAGUUGGCGGGUUACACUGUGUUAGAAGUUGUUUCGACAAGCGUGGAGGGAAAGCUGACUUUAUGGUUUGGCUCCUUCGACUCCUUCCUCCCGUGUGAUAUGACAUCACGACUCGGUUACAAGAGAAGCUCGAGCUCUACAGCAGACGGUUGACAUCUGGUCAGGAUGGCUGCUCAGGUGGAGGUUCAGACUACGGAGGUAGGAAGGACAGUGGCAGGAGGACGACAUCACCUGACUCCCCUGACAGACUCCAGCAAUAAGAGCCUCAUUGACAAUCAGCCGCAGCUCAUCGCAGCUGAACCAAACAAGCCUGCCCCAAGCGCCAAGCCGCGACUUACUCCCAAACCUUUUUCUGUGGAGAAAAAUCCUACAAUUAAGCCCAUACUUGCCCCAAAGCCUCAAACUAAACCCAGACCUGAGUCCACUCGCCUUGCUGGAUACAAACCAGAGCUUCCAAGCAAUCCAAAACCACAGCAGCCGGUUUCCAGCAGCAAACCCAGACCACUUUUAACCAACCCCAACCGUCCUGCCUCUACCUCCUUUCGAUCACCCACUAAGUUGAACACUGGACAGACAACAAAGCUAGUAGCCCAGCCAUUUAAACCAGCACCUCCACAUGACACUGGAGGCCCUAGCAGACCCACCCCUCCUCCUGUGCCAGCACAGAGGCAGAAACCCUCAACAUCAAGCUUGGCCUACUCAAAGAGCUUUAAAAAACUACCAGCAGCAGAGUGGUCUGGAACCACUAAAAAAGAAGACGAAAAAGGCCACAAUGCACAAGGUAAAGUUGGAACCUCCCUUACUAGAGCAAAGUCCAUGGGCUUUCUUCUUGAUGCAGGGGAAGAAAAUGAAGGAAAAGAAAAGGCUCAGCCUGAAACAUCUGUGCCUCUGCGACCACAUCCUAGAGGCUCCAAGCCCAGACCUGUAUCAGCCAUUUUCCCCGGCAGUACAACGAAGACGGAGACCCCGGUUCCUGCUCCUCGCUCGGCUGGGAGACGACCCCUUUCAGCUGAUCUCACUUCCAAAUUUGGGUCUAUUGGUCUUUCACUGCACCGGAAAUUUCCUGAAGGAAAUACAGUAGACAACACUCCAGAGGGAAAAGCACUACCACAAAGCAAAGAGGAAGAUAAAACCUUUACGAGUACCACACCACAAAGUACUGAUGAUGUCUGUAAUCCUAUCCUCUCAGACCAAAGCAACAAAAACAAAGAAGAAAUGGCUGCAAAAGAGACCGAUGAAGACAAGCGCAGGGUUAGCGUCAAGUCGCGAAUAAGUCUUUUGCUCGAUUUGCCGUCUUCUCCUGGGGUAGCUGCCACCGGCCAUGGUUCAGAUCUUCGUUCUCCAUUGCAGCCAACCCCUGAAGGUGAACCAGCAGUUGGUGUUAAACAGCUCAUCAAGCAGCUGACAGAGGAUACAACACCGACUCAGAGCCCUGUCCUUAAACCAGCACUGAAGCCCCGUCCCUUGCCCCUUGACCUAACCAAAAGGUUUUCAGCCGAGAGGUCACCUGACCCUGUUUCCCUCACUGAGGCAGAGGACCGUCAUUACAUCAGCAAAGAUCCUCAGAAGAGGGCUGAAGAAUCAGCUAUCACUCCCAGUGACCAGAAGACAUUUUUGGAUUUAAAAGAUUCCCAAGAGCAGCUCAAAAAGGUCUCCACGCCUGAAGGGCCUGAAGCAGGACAGACGUUUGUUGCUGUUUCCAAGGAAAUUGGUGCAGGCAGUGGAGUCCAAACGGUGCGAGCAUCCUUGUUUGAUAAUGUCGUGGAGAGGCACAGCGUGGUGUUGAUGGAUGAUGGCUCAUCUGUUGACACGGCCAAGGAUUUGCUCAGCAGCACGUCUCCAUUCGAUAGAACAGUUACUGAAUAUAACGGGGCUUCAGUCACCGCUAACUACAGCCAGCCUUUAUCGCCAUCAUGUUUUCAACCCGUAUUACAUGCCUUUGACACAGUGCAGGCUGUCGAAAAGAGUCGGGCAGUGAGUGUGAGCGUCCCAUCAGCUCAGUGGGAGGAUAAAGCCAUGACCCUCCGUUCCAGACGCUCAGAAGGGAGCAGGCCUCUUCCAGAAUGGACCAGUCCUGCACAAGAACAGCCACCUUUGGCACCUUUGAUGCCUCAAACACAGCCACGAUAUCUGAGGAUAGGAGCCUUACAGAAGUGGACCACUACAGGUCUCGACCAAGACGUAGAUAUGGAGACAGGGAUGCUAAAGGAAUCACAAAGGGAAGGACAAGUGGCUUUAGAUAAAGACAAGGAGAGACAAAGAGUGGCAGAACAAGAAGAAGUGUCUGCAGCACCUAAACGCUUGAAGAUGCUGCAGGCAGACGAAAUGGCAAAACCCAAGGCAACCUACUUUGCUUUAACCGGACAAAUACAGGAGCCAGUUUCUCUUGGGGGUGCAGGGACAAACACUGGGGACAUGACUAGCCCCUUUGAUGACUUCUUAGGGAUUUCUCUCCUUAGUGGCCCUCAAGGGAAGAGUCUUCCAGUAAGGGGGAGCCCGUCUUUAAACGAUGAUCCUUUUGGAAAAACAACUCCAUCGCAAGAGCAAGUUAAAGAUUUGAUGAUAAGAAGCCACAAGUCACCCAGGGAGAGCAGUUUAGCCUCAGAUGGACAGAGUAAAGAGGAAAGGCUAGAAGCUGAAAAGAAAAGGGAGCAAAGGAAGGAGAAAGAAAGGCACAGGACUAAGAUAAAAGAAAUUGAAGGUGAAAAACAGACACAGCUGGAAAUGGAGAAACAAGCACAUUUAGAAUUUACACGAAUGAAAGAGUGGGAGAUGCAAAGAGAAUUUGAAAGGCAAAGAUGUAAGUCAUUUGAAAAGGAGAAACAAGAAUUUGAGGAGAAACAACGUGUCCUGGAAAGGCAGAAACAGAUUGCGCUUGAGAAAGCACAAGAAUUAGAGGAGAAACAGAGACUUGAAAGAGAGAAGCAAAGGAAACUUGAGAAAGAAAAAAGGCAAGAACUAGAGAGACAAAAGGAGAGACAGCGUGAAAAGGAACAGCAAAAACAAAAGGAGGAAGAGCGGCUAAAACAGUUAGAGCGACUGCAGCUCGUAGAGCUUCAAAGACAGAAGCAGAAAGAAAAGGAAAUGCAGCAGCUAAAAGAAAAAAAGGAAAAAGAAGAGGCAGACAAGAUGAGACAGAUCGCAUUAGAGCAAGAAAUGUUAAGAAUAAAAGAGCUUGAAAAAGAGCGGGAAAGAGAAAAGGAGAUGGAGAAGGAGCGUCAGAAAGAGAUACAGAGGGAGCUGGAGAAACGGCGACAACAAGAUUUAGAAAGGGAGAUACAGAGACAGCUAGACAAUGAGCAACAGGAACUGGAGAAGGAAAGGAAGAGGAAGGAGGAUGUAGAGAGACUCAAAGAGCUGGAAAGAUUACAGCUCUUGGAGUUUGAAAAACAAAAACAGGCAGAGAGGGAGAGACAACAACUUCAGGAGCUCGAAAAACUGAGGCAACUAGACAUUGAGCGACAGAAAUUAGAAAACCAGAAGCUGAGACAACAGGAACUGGAGAAGGAAAGGAAGGAGGAUGUAGAGAGACUUAAAGAGCUGGAAAGAUUACAGCUCCUGGAAUUUGAAAAACAAAAACAGGCAGAGAGGGAGAGACAACAACUUCAGGAGCUUGAAAAACUGAGGCAACUAGACAUUGAGCGACAGAAAUUAGAAAACCAGAAGCUGAGACAACAGGAACUGGAGAAGGAAAGGAAGAGGAAGGAGGAUGUAGAGAGACUUAAAGAGCUUGAGAGAUUACAGCUCUUGGAAUUUGAAAAGCAAAAGCAGGCAGCGAGGGAAAGACAACAAUUUCAGGAGCUUGAGAAACAGAGGCAACUAGACAUUGAGAGACAGGAAUUAGAAACCCAGAAGCUGAGACAACAGGAACUGGAGAAGGAAAGGAAGAGGAAGGAGGAUGUAGAGAGACUUAAAGAGCUUGAGAGAUUACAGCUCCUGGAAUUUGAAAAGCAAAAGCAGGCAGCGAGGGAAAGACAACAAAUUGCGGAGUUUGAGAAACACAGACUGAGGGAAAAGAUGGAAAGGGAGGAAGCAGAACGGAUGCGAGUCAUAGCCAAGCAACAAGAAGCAGAGAGACAGCGACUAAAAGAGAAGCAGAAAAAAGAGGAGCAAGAGAGGCUAAACUUGGAGCCAUCACGUCUGAAACCCAAAAUUCUUGAUCUGGACUCUGUGCUCAGAAAUGAACCAGUGUCUAAGUCUACUUCUCAGCGCAGCGAUGCUGCAACCCGCUGGAAGGAGCCUUACAAGCCUAACAUUCUUGACAUAGACUCCUUUACAUCUCAAGCUCAGCUCUCCUCUAAUAAUGACUUGUUUCCUUCAUUGGGAAUGCAGGGACUAAAUGCUGACUUUGGGGGUAAAUUACAGCCUACAUCUGAAAGUGAUGUUAGCUGGAAGAUACCAUCACAGACUUCAGUAGGUUUCUCAAACCCAGUAUGGACGACGCCUCCUCAGGACCCCUGGGAGCUGCGGUCAGUUGAGAUGUCUGUGGACCAGCCUAAGGCUGAAUCUAGAAAACACGCCAACAAACACAGUCCAGAACAGCUCCUUCUCGAUCAUGGGGAACGCAUCCCAACUCAACAAAGGCCUUGGUCUGCUUUCCUGGAUGAGCCACCCCCUUUGGGCCCUUUUCCUGGUUCAGAGGUUAAAAGUGUGAACUCCCCAGGUGGACUCCCCACCAUCACUCCUGCAGAGCAGAUCUGGUUGCCCAGAGAGCUACAGCCACAGAAGAUCAGGGGAGAAGCACAGGGCCAGAGGAGAUCACAGGGGUCCAAGGAGUUGAACAGAUUGCGGUCUCGGAGUGUGUCACGACGAUCGGUUCCUGCAGGUAGUUCCGUGGAUGGAAGCCCUUCCAGGAUGAGGAGUCGCAGCGCCCACAGAGAGCAGGACCUGCAGAGCAGGGUACAGCAGAAGCAAAGUGUCAGUGGUGAAGAGGAGGUGAAGGGCUCAGAAACACCGGUCCGUGAGACUGACAGUCAGUAUGGGACCUGGGAGACGGGACUACGCACUGAUGAUAGUCUGACACCUGCGACUCCCAGCUCAGAAAGUAAUCUCAGUCCUUCACCGAAAAAGCCAACUCCAGCACACACACCAGGUGAUGUUGCUUCACCGUUUGAAAGCAGCAGUCUGGAUGGCCUCCCUCCCUCAUCCCCACCUGAGAGCCAGCCGCUCUCUUUCCCUGACGCUCCGACCACCCUGUUAGAUACCAGCGUGCUCCGCUCUAGAGCCCAGCUGGGGAAGAAACGAGCGCCGCGGACACGACCCACCAGGGCUACACGUCAGAGUGCUGCACAAGCAGAGGGUGAGGGAGGAACCACUGAGGACUGGCUCUACAGAGACUCCACAGAGGCAAAGGCUGAGAGUAAAGACGAUGACUCAGACUCUGAGGAGAAGCCCAGAGGAGCUGAUGCUGCACCGGCUGUUGCGUCACAGCCACAGAGGGUCGCCCUGUUCCCUGGCAUGGACCCUUCAGCUUUAAAGGCACAGCUGAAGAAGAGGGGGGACUCUGACAAUCAAACUGAUGGACCUGCUCCCUCUCCCUCCCAGCUGUCUCGCUCUCCCAAGUCCCCUUUUCUCCCCAGGGCAGCGCGUGUGCUGCCCCCCUCUGGCGGGAAAGAAAAUGGCCAGGAGGAUUCACCCCAGUGGUUGAAAGAGCUGAAAUCCAAGAAACGCCUGAGUCAGUAUGAAAGUGAGAGCUAAGUAAAUAAUAAGGUUGCCUUAACAGAUGAAUCUGUGUGAAACAGAAGCCUUAACGUUUGACCCAGAGAGUAGGAGGAGGUUGAAUCUACAGCUGCUGAUGAUUUUUUUUUUUUUGGGUUUUUUUUAAACCCCCCCACUUUUUUUUCUCUCUCUCUCUCUCUUCUCAUCUGGGUCGGUAAAUGUGCAUGGUGCCUUUUUGGGGGGGAAGUCUCUGUCCUAUGGAAAAAGAAAAACGAGCAUGGAGGAAAAACAUCAGGCUGGUCUGCUUACUCCAUUUCAUGCUUGAACACAGGGGCUCCAAAACGAACUUCACACGAACACUUUAAAGAGGGACCAGGAGGAGUCGGGAAGACACAGCACCUCCUUUUCCUGGACGAGCUUCAUCGCAUGCUGGAGGACAAUCCAGCCAAUCCUUUGCAUCCAGUUUCCUCUUUACUGAGCUAAUGUACAGGCUAGCCAUGUAUGUGUUAUCUGCAGAGGUUGCUGAUUGGAGUCACACAAACUUUGCCAUAGGAUGACAUUUCAGACACUAAUGAUUUCUGCGUAUUGAGAACAAACCUCCACGGUCUUGAUCGUCCACGGGGGUGCUGCUCAUGUUAGUAUCUGUAAUCAGGAGAUGUUAUAUUUGUAUCCUCAUUGAUUUAACAAAGGUGGAGAACUCGUUUUGGAAAGGAUGCAUCACUACAGCAGAGCUGUUCACUUUGAUACAGUUACACAACCUAACAGGGGUGCAGUUGCUGCAUACUGUGUAUAUAUUUUUUUGUGAUUUAUCUUUUUGUCAAUGUGUAAGAGGGAUGGGACAAGCAGCUUUGUAUCUGUCAAUCAUGCACACUCCUAAUCAGCACAAACACACUCCUCAGUCUUUUAUAAAAACACUAAUCAGCCCAUCUUCCCCUUCUUUAGUAGAUUGUAGCUGCGAGCAUCUAAUUUAAGCCAUACUCACCUACUUCUCGAUCAUGUCCUGACAAUACUGUUUUUAUUUCCCAGUAUGUGCAAUUUCCCUUUCGUUUUUGUCACUCAUUAUCCAUGCAUGUACAAUCUUUGCUGUCACAUCAGGCUUGGCUCUCGCUGACUGGUUCAGAGGACCUAGAUGUUGACUUACACUACUCCAGGGAAGGGGACGGUUCAUUCACUACAAUGUAAACGAGUCCUGUAAUGCACCAAACUAAUGUGAACAUUUGAACUUCAGCUACGCCUCAUCUCCGUCUUCCUCUCCACAUUUGCCAUCUCCCUACUUUCUCCACGCUUCAGUAAAGCACUUUGUCACUUGACGCACUACAGCACAGACACCCACCCACCACCACCCCUUCCCCUCUGGUCUCAUCUUCUGUAUCGUCGGCCUGCUCGUGCAAUGCAAGUGAAUGUGUUGAUCGAGGCUUCAGAGUGAUUGUCCCUGGUGUGUAUGUACAUGGAUGUUUUACUUUGUCAUAAAAUUCAAGGGUUAAUUUUU